UUAGCAUUUUAUUGUGUCUGCAGAAAAAAAUCAGAAGCGAUGUGUCGCUAGACUUCGUUCGUUUGUCUAACGAUGUUCAUGAUAUACUAAUACAAUGUAGCCUGGACUAGCUGAAAUGAAAUGGACUCGUUUUAUAUAAAAAAAAAAUAUUAUUUUCUACAGUGCCUUUUUAUUACCAAAUCAUAAGAACAUUCAAAGAGCAAUAUUUAAAACUGCGAAAGCAAACAAUAUAAUUUUGAAACUUAUUCAUUACUUUCAAAAAUUUUAUGACAAUCGAACAUCAUGAGUACUGCCACCAAGACAACUUCAUGCGUAUGACACACCAUGGUUUUAUUCACAUUGACGGUGUUUUGUUGUCUUUUUUUAUCCGAUUUUCAUUUCAAACUGUAAAUAAACAACCCAAACUUGUGUAAAAUUCAGCUGCCGGAGUAUUAACUGAUUCGUAAAAAUACUAAAUGGAGUUCAAUAAGGAUGAGUACGAGGAGGAGGAGUAUUUGGAAGAGCCGGGAGACAUGAAUUCUGAUCAUCACGAUAAUGAAUGGUUUCCUCAACAACAAACACCCUCUCCACAGCCUUUGUGUUCUGAGGACCCGUUACCGAUUCCAGAUGAUUUGAGUGAAGUGAACCAUUUUCUCCCCGUCGAUGGUUCCGACGAUGACGACCAUUCAUGUUUUAGUUGCUCGAUAGUAUCCGAUGGCGCUGCGGAGAACUAUUUGUACUUUUUCAAAGCAACAAUGUUCCGUCGGCUUUAUCGAGGUCAGAUGCGCCCAAGAGAAGUGGGAACUAAGAAUGUUUUUGGAGAUUCUGUUGAGGACGUAAUUAAAUGCAUUUGGAAGUUGUCUGUAGCGCAUGUAUCGAGACAAAUCAAUUUUGAUGAUGAUGGACCAAAGUGGGCUGAAAAGCAAGUCCCGGACCAAGAAGAUAUUGAGAAGUUCGUCACGAUGCAAGAUCAAAUGAAAAGGAAGGCCUACACUAUUUCUGGAGUUACUCCUCGAUUGCUCACUUCAUGGAGAGGCAAGCAAAUCAAAAUGUUCAUUCAUGCAUAUUCGGUAAAUGUUGAAACCAACCCUCAACACCAAAUGGUCCUCAAACAGUUAAUUGCACCCAACAAUCCAGAUCGUUCGGGAGCUCAUUCGACCCGGGAUGAUGCAGCUCUAGCAAAAGAGUUGAAGAACAACCAUCCUGAACUGGAAGGCCAUCACAGUUCCUGGUUGUUAUGGGCCAACACAAUUCAUUCUUCAGCGGCGCAUAAACAAGAGGAAAUGAAAAAUGCUCCGUCGCCUCCUUUGGAACUUGCGAAGUAUUUCAGGUGGACUGGCGUCUCGGAAGCAGCCCGACUACAAUCUGUUCAUCGGGGGGCAUCAGUGGCUCAUGCUGUAAAUGGGGGAUGGAUGAAAGAUGUUGAGGAAGUUUUUCAAGGCAUUUCUUCGGCGGUUUCCAUUCUUUCGAAUGUUGCUCGUAAAUUGGAAGGAAUGAUUGCGAAAGGAAAAGCAGCUGAAGAAAUUAUUAUUGCUGUCCAAUCUGCAGUUCGCCCUGAGGAGACAGAGGUAAGUAAAGUCCUGGCUGACAGUGUAACUGACUGUCCAGAUGUUGAUCACAUGUAACAAAAGUGAACAGAACGAUGUAAUUUGAAUGAAAUAAAAUAACCGAUUAUAUUUUCAUCUCAAA